GAUACGUCAAAACAGCGUACGAAGGUUAUGUUUGUUGUUUUCGUUGCUAUCCAUUAACAAUUCAGUGUUGCACGAUGAGCGGUGAAGGUUCUUCUUCCAAGACGAUGAGUUUCGCAGAGAAACAGAAGGAGAGGAUGAGCAGAAUGAAAGCGCUGCACAAGCUGCGAAACGAGGCGCGCACUCACAAUCACCAGGAGGUGGUGGCAGAGGAUGCCAGGAUGAAGCUGCCCACCAACUACGAGAAUCGCAGGAAGCAAGCGGACUGGAUAUUGAAGGACGACAAGGCGAGGAAGGAGGCUCAGAGCAAGGGACAGGACUACGACAGGUUGAAGCUGCUCGAGGUCUCUGCACUGGACGCACAGAUGCUGGAGAGGAAGAAGAAGAAGAGGAAUCCCGACGAGGGUUUCAGCGAUUUCGAGGCGGCCACGGCGAGACAGUACAACAGAUUGGUGAGGGGUAUGGCGCCCAAGGAUAUGGACCAUUACGAGGAGCAGAAGGAGAAGUACGGAGAUGCCUUUUACGGGGGCAAGCAUGUGAUAAUACAUGGGUUGCACGAGGACAGGCCACAGGCUGUUGAUAAUAUGGUUAAGGAUCUCGAGAACCAGAUUAGCAAGAGGGAGAAGUUCUCGAGGAGGAGGACGCACAACGACGACGCUGACAUUGAUUACAUCAACGAGAGGAACGCCAAGUUCAACAAGAAACUGGACAGAUUCUAUGGAGAGCACACGGCUGAGAUCAAGCAGAAUUUGGAGAGAGGCACAGCUGUUUAAUGUGUGUUUUAGUGAUAAUGUUAAGUUAAGAUCAUAGGGAAUUCAAAAGUUACUUUUAUGUAUUGAUAAUCUUUUCCAAUUUUGUUUGUUUGUAAAUAAUUAAAUUAACAAUGAUUGUGUCUAA